CUAGAAAUCCAUAGCCUUACCGACCUCUCCAUAGUUAAGAAAUACGAUUUGAUUUCAAUUGUACAAACUCAUCUCAAAUCCACGGGUGCUUCCUCAAAACAUAUAGACACUCUCGCAGUAUCACAGGUGGAAUGGGAACUUAUUCUACCAAAUGCGAGAUCUACAAAGAUUGCUUUGAUAAUCGACAAUUACGCUAUGGCUCUCAUAUUCGAUAUACGAACUACAUCUAAUGAUACAACACCAAUAGUGGUUCACCAGCCCAAAACAGAAGGAAUACAUCACUUUCAAUGGAUUUCGCCAGUAGACCCCAAAGAGUAUCCAUCUCUGGAAGAAGAGAUAUCUGGAGGAUACACGAACUCCAAACAGUUUGUCAUAUUCUCUAAACACAACUUGUAUUUAAAGCUCUUUUCGAUUGACUGUACUCAUGCGCUUUUCACUAUUCUCAAGCCUAUAACUGAUAGAGUGAUAGUUCGGCCAAACAAAUCCAUUUCCCUGUGGUCGGUUAUUGCCAGUUCUGUGACUUACAACUCGUCACCAGUGAUAUACCAUUUCUAUAACGAAGGAUCUACGAGCCAUAUCCUCAAAAGCUACAAACUUCCAACAACAAUGCUAACUGAACCGAGGUUGCAAUGGUCGAACUCUGGCAACUGGUUCAGCAUAUUCAACGACAGAGACAAUUUGUAUGGAUUCGACCUUAUGAUCUACAGUCUCUUGGGCUGUAUAAAUGGCGAUGACAGUAGCAGCAAACAAGUUGAACCGCUUUUUACUUGCAACUACUUGACAGAAGGAUUGGUAGAUUCAGAAACAUCUAGAUCGGGAUCGUUAGAAAUAGCGUCUUCUAAUUACGUCUGUCAAUGGAUGACCUAUCACGACCAGGAAUUUAUUGCAAUUGUCAGUGUGACGGAAACAAGAGAAUUACAGUUCUUGCUUUUAUCAGUUAAUCUCUUGCGAAUAGUAAGCAAGGAAACAAAGAAAGGAUCCUCUAUUUUCAGCGGAUGGAAGCAA